AUGGGCAGCCUCCAGGAGCCGCUCCUGGGCGAAACCCUUCUCCAGACAGCGAAGAGGCUUGAGGCAGCAGAUUUCAAAGAAGUCCCCGUCAUUGACCUGGCCGGUCUUUCCAGCGAGGAAAUCACCGACCGGAUCGCAGUGGCGCGGGAAGUCCGUGAUGCUUGUAUCCGCGUCGGCUUUUUCUACGUCAAGAAUCAUGGUGUGCCUCAAGAAGUGAUUGAUCGCGCGUUUGAGGUGUCGAAGAAAUUUUUCUCCCUGCCGGCUGAGGAUAAGAUGGAGGUGUAUGUGACCAAGAACGAGAGCUUCAAGGGGUAUGAAGACAUUCAUUAUGGAGCGGUGGAUCCGCAGACAAAAGGAGAUAUGAAGGAAGCCUUCAACUUCGGCUACGAGCCCGCAGCCGACCCCCAGACUCCCCUCUCCGAGCCAUGGCCGUUGUAUGAGGGCCUAAAGGGUCCCAAUGUCUGGCCUCGAAACUUCCCUGAGCAGUGGAAACAAGACUUGUUCGCCUACUACGGCGAGGUGUUGAAUCUGGGUCGACGGAUGAUCCGAGCCUUUGCCCUUGUGCUCGACCUCCCCGAAGAUUAUUUUGAUGAUCUCCUGGUUCGACCGGGUGCCAUCAUGCGGCUACUCAGAUAUCCGGCGUCAAUACUCGACCCUGACCAUCCCGGGAUCGGGGCACACAGGGAUUAUGAAUGCUUUACGAUUCUCUGUCAAGACGAGACCAAUGGUCUACAGGUGCAGACGAAAAAGGGUGAAUGGAUCGAAGUGACUCCGAUCCCUGGCACCUUUGUGGUCAACAUUGGCGAUUUUCUCUCUCGCUGGACCAACGAUGUCUUUCGCUCAACCUUGCACCGAGUCUACAACGUCUCCGGCCGCGAGCGUUACUCCUUUCCGCUGUUCAUUGGGCCAAACUACACGACCAAAAUCCAGGCCAUUCAUACUUGCGUCAAUGAAGACCGGCCUGCGAAGCAUGAGCCUUUUGUCGCUGGCGAGCAAUUGGACUCAGACAUCAAGAUGCCAAACACUGAGAAUGGCAAAUCCAAAGACCAUAUCAAUGGCUUCCUGUCCAUGGCUGAUUCUGAAGGAUCCUGCGAUGUGAUUGUGGUCUGUAGUCCUGCGAUAGGCGCAAAGCAAACAGCGCCACAGUCACGGGUCUUGAUCAUUCAGUCCAAGGCAUGUCUCGGUGGCGCUGCUACUCACCGCGGAGUCCUCAUGCUGCGGACCUUACAGCGAGUUGUCGUAUAUAUUCAGGCGAGACAGAAAUUCUACAUCCUCGAACUCGAAGCUAACUUUGGUUCCAGCAUGUCAAAUACCGAGGAGCUUAAGCAUGUCCUGGAUGAUAUGAUCGCCUCAUAUGAUAUUGAAGUUUUACCACAUUGCGCCGUGGUUGUUGGUGAGAGGACCGAUGGCAGGCUUGUCACGGUCGAGGUUCAAGAGCGAAGGGGGAGGCGAACAAUCUCUGGUAAAGCAUUCGUAGACUGCUCAGGUGACAGAGAUCUCGCCAGCCAUGCCGAUGCGUUGACAAGGUCCGGCAAGGCAAUCACGGCCAUGUCAACCAUGGGUUCGUUGGCAACUCAAUUCGGCGGCCUCCAAAACGCCAACCCCAAACUGGUGCUGGGCUGGUAG